GCCUUUCUCUUCUUUCUUCCAGCGAAUUCAACAUUUCAACUUCCAUUCCAUCAUCGACAAAACCAAGCCUCUUUCCUCACGCCUACGGGGCAUUCUCCCUACACGUCACGCCCAAUAAUUCGAAAUCAUCGUCGUCAUGGAUUCCAUGCCCGUGAAUUGGGAAGCACUCGACACGCUGAUUUUCGAUUUCGCCAAAUCUGAAAACCUAAUCGAUGACUCCGCCUCUGCGCCUUCGCCUCCGUCGUCGCCCUCUCCUUCCACGCCGUCUUCCUCCUCCUUCCACUUGCGCCUACUUAUUCGACAAAUUAGACGUUGUCUGGAGGCCGGAGAGGUCGAUGCUGCCGUGGAUCUCCUGCGCCUCCAUGCGCCCUCCGUUCUCAAUGAUCACCGUAUUCUUUUCCGCUUACAGAAGCAGAAAUUUAUUGAGCUUUUAAGAAAAGGCACUGAUGAGGAUCGAGAAUCUGCUAUUGAUUGCCUGCGAACAUCUCUAGCUCCUUGUGCAUUGGAUGCUUACCCUGAAGCAUACGAGGAAUUUAAGCAUGUUCUUCUUGCACUUAUUUAUGAGAGAAGUGAUAAUAAUUCUCCUGUGGCAAAUGAGGUGAGUGAAAAGAGGAGGUUUGAGAUUGCUGGCCUGCUUUCCUCAAUAUUGAGAGCGCAUUUACACGCAUAUGACCCACUGUUUGCAAUGACACUGAGAUACUUGAUAAGCAUACAUAAGAAUUUUUGCUCUCGGCAAGGAGUUUUGUCACCCAUAUCAGAUCUUACUGAGAGAUUGCUUCUUGAGGAUCGAGACCUCCCUGCAACACCUAUAGAAAGUCUAUAUGAAGCACCUCCAUUUGACGAGGUUGAUAUACAAGCUCUUGCUCAUGCUGUAGAGCUUACAAGGCAAGGAUCAGUCGACAGCCUGAGGUUUGCUAAGGGUGAUUUAUUCCAAGCAUUUCAGAAUGAAUUGUGCCGUAUGGGAAUGAAUAUUUCUGUGCUUGAUGAACUUGUCCAUGAGUAUUGCAUUUAUAGGGGUUUCGUGGACUUUAGUGUUGCAUCACCUCCUGCAUCAGGAAUUCAGGGUAUUGUUAGAGCUAUAAAUGAUGAUCAAUCAGAAUCUGGAUGUUUAUCGCAGAACUCUUGCCUUGAAGUUGGGAACGGAAACAGCAAACUUUCGGAUGGUGAGGCUUCUCAUACUGAUGUUCAUAUGGAAGCCUCACCGAAUAGCAGUAUUGACACUGUGAGUAUGCAAAGUACUGAUGUGGAAGAGCGAUUCCUUUGUGAGACAAAUAACCAUGAAGACUGCAGCACCAGUGGAACACAUCUGGUUGGAAAAGUUCAGAAAAAUAGAAGUCAUAGAAUUGUUGAAAGGAAUAAACGUAAGCGGUGGAGGGGCAGAGAUCAGAAACUAGAGUAUACGUCAGAAGCUACAGUUGAAAGAUGCAGAGAAGAGGCUUCUCAAAAGUUGGCCUCAGUAAACAUUGCAUGCAGUAGAGAAGACAAAUAUGAGGCAUUACUUGGUAUCAAGGAGCUAGCAAGCAAAGGAAUGGCUGCAGAGGUGGUUGAAGAAAUUAAUGCAAUAGACCCAACUUUUUUUGCACAGAAUCCAAGUUUGCUUUUUCAGCUUAAGCAGGUUGAAUUUUUGAAGCUUGUCAGCUCUGGUGAUCACUCUGGUGCGCUAAAAGUAGCCUGCUCAUAUUUGGGUCCUUUGGCAUCUAGUAAUGCUCAGUUGUUGAAGCCUUUAAAGGAGACUUUGUUGACAUUGCUGAAACCUAAAGAAGUGGCACUUAGUGAAAGCUUGCCAUUGCAUGCUCUUGCAACGUCACUACAGGUUGCUACUAGCAAGAGGCUUGGUAUUGAACAGCCCCAGCUUAUGAAGAUUUUGAAAGCGACACUCUACACACACAAUGAGUGGUUCAAACUUCAAAUGUGUAAAGAUCGGUUUGAAGGUCUUCUAAAGAUUGAUUCGCUUAAAGAUAUUAGCGGUCACUCGCUUCUUGCUGCUGCUUCUAAGUCAGAUGUUGACAUGGGCACUCAUGGAUCGUCUCAAUUUACUGCAUCCUCGAGUAACAGGAUGCAGGAAGAUGGUAGCAGUCCAGUACAAUCAUCCGCCAGGGAUAUGGAAUGUGAUGAAACAGCAAUACUUAAAGUCAUGGAAUUUCUUGCUUUGCCAAGGGCGGAUGCAAUUCAUCUCCUUGCCCAGUACAAUGGAAAUGCAGAGAUGGUGAUUCAGCAGAUAUUUGCAUGAUUUGUAAAUUGUUGCAAAACUCGAAUAUUCUUUAAUUUUUUUAUUUGAUUGUAUUGUACCAUAGAUUCUAAAUUUUUUUGGUCUUUUUUCAAUAACAAUUUCACACGCUUGUUGCUGAAGAUGGAAGUGAAAGUAGAUGCCUUGGCUAAUUGGAGUACUUGUACCAAACCAGCAGCAGCACUGUACCAAUGGAUCAGCCGAAAUUCUAGGUAGUAUUAGUGUAUUACAGAGGAAUAAGAUGCAAUAUUUGUUAAUAUGGAAAUUUUCUUGGUUUCCUGUUUA